CAGCUGGAAGGGGCUCACACUUGGGCUGGCAGGGUCAGUUGUGCCGAUCCUCAGCACUGGGUCGCCACUUGCUUUCCAUUUGUUCGUCAGUCACUGCAGGGAUGUGGUGAAGCACCUGACAGUGGUGGAGUCACUGCUCUCUAGUACAGAUAAAUGCCUUCUAAAGUGACUGAAAUGGCCCUUCCUGUGUGGAAGAACUUACUUCAUACUACAAAGGGAAGAAUUCUACAGCAGAGAAGGUUGUCAGUGUAUAGUGGUGCUCAUGGCUAUAAGGAAGAACUGAUAAAGAAGAAACUUCAGCAGUUUGCUGGUGGAUCCAUCAACCUUUCCAAAGAAGACAAUGGCAUUGGAAUACUUACCUUGAACAACCCAAAGUUAAUGAAUGCUUUUACAGGUACUAUGAUGGUAGAACUCCAGGAGAGGAUAACUGAACUGGAAAACUGGAAGGAUGGCAAAGGCCUUAUCGUCUAUGGCGCAGGAAACACCUUUUGCUCAGGAUCAGAUUUGAAUGCUGUCAAAGAAAUAUCCAACUCCCAGGACGGGAUGAAUAUGUGCAUGUUUAUGCAAAACACUUUAACCAGACUUAUGAGGUUGCCUUUGAUCAGUGUUGCACUAGUUCAAGGAAAAGCUUUUGGAGGAGGCGCAGAACUUACCACAGCAUGUGAUUUCAGGUUGAUGACGCCUGGAAGUGAAAUUCGGUUUGUCCACAAGCACAUGGGUCUGGUGCCAGGCUGGGGAGGAGCAGCCCGGCUGGUGCGGAUCGUGGGCAGUGGGGCAGCCCUGCAGCUGCUGAGCGGGGCCACCCGGGUGGACCCUGAGAAAGCUUUGCGCCUGGGAUUCUCAGAACACACCCUGUCAUCUUCAGACGAAACCACAGCCUUAGAAGAAGCCCGAGCCUGGCUGAGCCAGUACACAGAGGGUCCAGUCAGUGUGAUUCAGGCUGUGAAAAAGGUGGUGACAGCAGGAAGAGAGCUCCCAUUGGAAGAUGCCCUAAGGACAGAGAAGGACAUUUUCGGAACUGUAUGGGGUGGGCCUGCCAAUUUGCAGGCAUUGGUUAGAAGACCAAAACAUAAAUGAUGGUCAAUGCAUAAGAAAUGUUCUUGGCCUUUUUGCAAACAAAGCUUUCACUAAAGCAGGCAUUAAACUUGAAUCAUUUAAGGACUUGCCCAUUUAAAACUGGCAUUAACAUUCCUGCCAUUCACUUCAGGCAGACAUAUUUGGUGUGCAACCACAGAGAAAUCCCUGGCAGAUUCUUUACUGUCCUAAUCACCCACUGAAUAGAGAUUAGUGAAAUUAGUAUGUAAAGGUAAAUAUUGUGCUGAGAAUAGAACUAUAAUUCUUUUGGAAUGAAGCUGAAGAUUAUUUUCUUUGGAGUUAAUUUUUUCUAACUGGUAUGGAAAUUAAUUACUUGAAAGUUAUAAGGUUUAUUUAUUUGCGGAACAGGUGCAUCUAAAGCUGCAAAAUAUGAGUUCUCCAACAUGAGAUCAAUGUCUUUAAACAGCUUGGAAAGGGUGAUAACUAGUGAUAGUUUUUAUUUUUUCAUCUCCAGUCAGUUCUUCACUAUUCAAGGAUACUUCAAUUUUAAUGGUGUUUUUACAGAAGAAGCUUUAACGUACUGAGACCUCCUAGCCCUCGUUCACUGACACUGAUUCAGGUUUUUAAAUGCAUUUAGGUGUGUUCUUACUGCUCAAGGAAUCAACUACCUACACAUGCCCAUAUGCUGGACCUGUGCAAAGCUGGUGACCUGGUUCUUUACAUAGAAUCUAGUUGAAAUCCUGGAAGGACAUGACGUAUCAUGCUCCCAAAUGGGAUGUCCUUAACUGACUGAGUGUCAGAGUACUUCAGCAUCCUGGUAAGACUUGUGUGUGGAUUUGUCUAUAUCUUUCUUCAGAGCAUUUUUUCUGGUAGGGCAUAUUUGGGCUGAUCAGAUUUGGAACUGAGUCUCCACUUCAUGGCAGUGACUAUUCAAGUAAUUAGAGAAAUCAUUGGGGAGGGUUUCCCCUUUAGAAAGUAGAAACUGACAGAGUCCCUACUUUGGCACAUGCUUCUUAAAAUUAAACAUCUAUGAGAGCAAAACCAUACAGACAUAUCUGUGACUGAGAGUUUCAUGUACUGUUGGUUAGGAUACACUUGUCUCUAAAUCCAGCAGGGACUGAGAUCUGAGCCCAGGACCCAAGUACUCCAUGGGAGCAUGUUAAGGAGGAAAGUUUGGGCUGGGUGCUUGGCCUGACCAGGCAUAACUAGCUCCAGAUGAUAGAAAAAGGUCCCCUAGGAAAAGAAGGCAAUUUCUUGGAUGGAAAUCCAUGUUACAAUUUCUACAGUGUGGCAGGAUUCUUGAGUUUUAGACAAUAAGGUAACUACAUGUUUGAGGAUUUGGGGACAAAUCGAUGAUGGGAAUUUGGCUUGGAUUGCCUGUUAAGAUUCUGCAGGUUUUGAGCGGAUGCUGUGAUCUGCUGGGGAUGUUUUACUAUAUGGUUUUAACAGCAAGGAGCGUGAAGCAAUCAAGAGAAAUGCUGAAGAAGAGGAUGUGUUUUGACUUGGCACCUCAGAGAAGAUAAGGAACUUGCCUCCACCCUGUAGAUCCUGCAUCUUUGCCUUAAUAUCUGAAACAUUGAUGGAGAACGAUUUCAAAUCUCUCUUCCCCAAACAUAAAGUUCAAUUUUUAUUUUCAGGUUAGAGAAGAGAUAGGAAUGAGAACAUGAGGAGAUAGUGUUCUGGUAUGUGCCUCUUUCUCCCCCUGCCCCUUUUUAUUCAAUAGCUCAGUUGUUAGUCCCCUGUGUAGCUGUAUUCUUUCCUGUGCCCUAAAAUACUUCAAACCUGUUUCUUCACAGGUAUGAAUGUUUUAAUAUAGUCGGGCAGCACUUGACUGUUUAGUAAUGAAACUAUUCUGCUUUUUAUGAAGUUCCUCAAGACUCAUGAGGGACUCCAGACUGCCAGCAUCACUGAACCUUCAAAGCACGCUCCAGUCCGUACUCAUCCAACUUUUUGCAGCAAUAGCACAUCACAUUGAUGUGAGUCAAAAAAAAACUGCUUUAAAGGGCAACUGGUUAUGUCUUUGCUAGUAGCAAGAAUAGAUUUGCCAUUACUAAUACAGUAAUUACAUUUUUUAAACGGGUGUGAAAAUUGCUUAGAACCUGAGUAAGACUCUUGAAUCUUUUUUUUUCUUUAGUGUAUUAGACUCAUAAAUGUACUGUGUACUGGGUGAUAUGAACUUGAAAAGGAGGAAAUUGUAGCAAAAAAGCAGAUUUUGGUUUCCUUCACAUUUUGAACCAGAUGUGUGCUGCCAGUAAGUGAAACUCAGUAUGUGCACCUAUUGGGGAUCUCUUACCAUUUUGAUUUGUAAACAAUGAGUUUAUUUCUCAUUUCAGCAAAUGCAUUUCCCCAGCCACCCUCUCUCACUUGUAUCAAAGGUCAACGUUUGCUUCUAAGAAAACAGGACAAAUAUUUAAGUAAUACAGAACAAGACAUGUUCAGACAGAAAGGAUUACGGAAACUCAUUUUGUUGAUAUCAUAAAUAUGCCAAACAUAGGUACAGGACAUUCUGAAGAUCAUCACAGGUUUUGAUCAAGAAUUUUGUGAGUAGUCUAAUACCAUAUUCUCUGGUCUAUUUUCUAUUUUAAAAGCUAUUUUAGAGCCCUUCAUAGGAAAACCAGCCCAAGUAAACGACCAUGAGUGCUAGGAUGAGAUCUCCAAACUGAGAUGAAAUGGAAUCCUGUUUUCCCCUUUGAAAGCUAAAUGCUUUAUUUCAUAGAAUACUUAUCAUCUUAAAUUGACAAAUACCUGUAACCAGCAGCUGAUAAGCAUUUGUAUUUUCUUUACAAUUAUUAAAGACUACAAGCUUCCUUUCAGAUUUUCCUCCCCUUCUGAAAUUGCUUAAAACCAAACAAGCUCUAAAUGCACAAAAUAAAUUAGAAACAUCAAAAUUAAUAGUCCCAGUCUCCUAAUUAAAUAGCAUGCUAGCUUUUUUACUUCCUAGGGGCUAGUUUGCCAGCUCCCUUCUCAGCAAACUAAGUUUCCUAUUACAUUGUGAAAUGCCCAUCUUGUUCUUUCCUCUGUGUAGUGGAUCAUGCUGAGGGCUUAAUGGGGUUUGGAUUCUGCACCAAGCAUUUAAGGGUUGGGUACUGGAGAUCACUUUUAGCAAUAUGAAUACUUCUAUCUUAUUUGCUGUUGAUAGAAAUAUACUAAGCAAAUAGUCAAUCUAGAUAAGCAAGAUGUUCUUGCAGAAUGCUUGGAUCAGUAUCUGAUUUUUUUUUUUCCAUGACAUAGGAUUCCUGUAGAUUACGUAGUAUUUAAAUUUCCUUUUCCCUUUUGCUCCACUGUGCAUUUCUCUGGCUGUGCUGUACAAGUUGAAAAUCACUUAAUGCAUGGGAUUACAGAAAACCACAAAAUGCAGUGUGGCUGUGGCUUUGCUAAAAUAUACAGAGAACAUGUCUCCUGCUGAAAGUAAUGGUUUAAAUAUAAGAUGGGAAUUACCAGUUACUACUUUUUCCUAUCUUGAUCUGGGGAGUGCAUUUACCACUCUGAUGAUUGGCUAUUAAUCUCUCACUAGCCUUUCUUUAACUAAUUUUAGUACUUCAUAGCUGCAGUCAGCCAGCAGGAGCCAAAAGCAGCAUCAUGGGUGGGGGGGCUGAACAGAGGUCUGCCUCUACUUUGGUUAAAAAACCCAAGGAUAAUCACUGAUGAAACUAUUCGUAGAUUGUUUGGGCUGAAAAUCCUGAAAUUAGGUAUAUAGUGAGUCAAGUUCUUGUAUAUAACUUCUUGAUUUCUUCAACACAUACCCCUCACAUAAAGUAAAAUGUGUGUACAUAACAGAAGUGUUCUUACUGAAGGUCUUUGCAGCACAAAGUCAGACUUUGAUUAGAACCACUGUGUGCUAACUCAAAACAGAGAAAUAAAAUAGCUAGCAACAGAGAAAAAACCAUUCCAUCCUGUUUCCUUCCCAAGUCCAUGUUACUGGCUUAUUUUCUUAUGGAACUGAAAGAUGAUAGUAAAAAUCUGUGAUCAAGAGCAUCUAUUCGUAGCUAAGAAAGAAGGAAAUCUUAUUUCAUCCUAGUCUCCUCUGCACUUUCCUGACCCCCUGAUCUUACCUGUAGGCAGAGGAAACAAACAAGAGUGCUGGCACAGCUUUGUCCAAGAUUAGACGUGUCAGCCAUCACUACAGUAAGAAGAACAUUUUAGAAGUUUAAAUCUAGCAUCUUUAAAAAUUGGCCCUUUUAAUUCCAUUCAAAUGGUGGUUUGUCUAAAGCAACUAUUGUUUCAAGAUCUGUAGUAGCUGUAGAUCAGCUACUGUCCCUUUCCAUUCAGGGAUACAUACUCUAAGAAUUGGAGUUUAAUUAGCUUGAUUAUAAAGGUUGAAUCCAGAAUCAACUAAUGCUGUUUCUCACUUUGAAAAAAAAAUGUAAAACAACUGCCACAGACAGAAAAGACAAGCUCUGCUUUUCAAGAUCUGGCUUCUACCAUUCUGUGAUACACCGAAGUCCAUUUGUAGAAAUGCAGCUCCUAGAUUGCUAGUACAUGCACAAACUACUCCUGUGCUGCCACUAGUUUUGCUAUGAACAGAUAAACAGCAAUACCAUCCUUAAUAUCCAUGUCCUUUGUUGCAGGGUCAACUUUGGUAACUUCUGCUCUUUUAUUUCAGUAUUUCUGCUGCUAAGGUUGUGUGUGAUACUUCUGCCCACCAUCAAUAGUGAAGUGAGUUAAUCAGCUCUUCAGAUGAGAAAUGUGUGUUGUCUGUGAGCAUUAAGCCUGCAACUCAUGACUUUUCAGUAGAAAAGACGAUACUCCUACAGCGCUGUGUUUGAGAGACAGCCAGUCAGGGAUGCAAGAACUUCAGGAUGCCACUCAGAGCCAGUCCUCUCUUUUGGCAAAAAUAGGAAGCUGUUUUAU